AGCAAUUUGGCUGAAGCAGGCUUACUCGUCCCAGCAGCGGCGCGCCAGUAUACAGGAGAUGGCCAUGGCCACCGCGAGCGCCCUGGACAAGAACCGCAUCCAGGCCCCGCGCGGGAAGGACAAGUGCUGGACCUGCCCCAGCGGCCACCUGCUGCAGCCGUGGACCGCGAAGACGGGCAUCUGCGACGGCUGCUCCUCGGAGUCCCGGCCCCAGCGCGCGGCCGGGGCGGGGCGGGGCGCCGCUGCAGUGUGCACGCCGGGGACUCGGUCAUGGACUGCCGCGCCUGCAACUUCUACCUGUGUGCCUCGUGCCACCCUCAGGAGCAGCACGCUGGCUUGGACUACUUCACGUGGCUCUCCGCGGGCAUCUCCGCCGCCGUCGGCGUGGUCCAGGAGGAGCCGGCGUCGCCGCAGCCAAUGUGGCGGCCGCUCGCAGGCCGCCUCCUCCAUCGUGACGUGCAGCGCGCCGCCCAAGACGGAGCUGGAGGUGGCCGAGGCGGACCUCCGGCCUCCCCGGGCCGAGGAGGAUGUUACGCCAACGACGGCGGUGGGCGGCGACGCCAGGGAGGCCGAUGGCGAGGUCGAGG